AUGGACACUGGUGGUCACUACAACCCCCGCACAGUUGAAGAGGUUUUCCGGGACUUCAAGGGCCGCAGGGCCGGCAUGAUCAAAGCCCUCACCACUGAUGUUGAGGAAUUUUACCAGCAGUGCGAUCCUGAAAAGGAGAAUUUAUGUCUGUAUGGGUUCCCCAAUGAACAAUGGGAAGUUAAUUUGCCAGCUGAAGAAGUUCCUCCAGAACUUCCCGAGCCUGCAUUGGGCAUAAAUUUUGCUAGGGAUGGGAUGCAAGAAAAGGACUGGUUAUCUUUAGUUGCUGUUCACAGUGAUGCAUGGCUACAAUCAGUGGCUUUCUACUUUGGGGCAAGAUUUGGUUUUGAUAAAGCUGACAGGAAACGCCUUUUCACUAUGAUUAAUGAUCUGCCAACAAUAUUCGAGGUUGUAACAGGAUCUGCAAUGAAACAGGCAAAGGAGAAGUCAUCAGACCGCAACAGCAGCAAAUCAAAGUCCGGCUCGAAAGGGAGAGUAUCUGAAUCAGUGAAGUAUGUAAAGCAAGAAGUGAAGGAGGAAGAGGAGGUAUUGGACGAAGAAGACGAUGAAGAGCAUGGGGAGACCUUGUGUGGUGCAUGUGGGGAGAACUACGCAUCAGAUGAGUUCUGGAUUUGUUGUGACAUUUGCGAGAAGUGGUUUCAUGGCAAGUGUGUGAAGAUCACUCCUGCCAGGGCUGAGCACAUCAAACACUACAAGUGCCCUUCAUGCAGCAACAAGAGAGCAAAGCCUUGA